UCAAAAGUUUAAUUUGUAUUUGCAACAUUACUAAUUAAUACAAUAAAAUAUCCAUACUUGGCGUAUCAUUGCCACGCAAAAUAUCGCGAUACUAUGCGUUUCCUUUUUUGUUUUUUUACCCCACGCUUAGUAGACACACUAACACUGUGCACCAGUGUUAAUCAUGCCUCCAAACAUCAACGUUUUCUAAGUUACUUCUUAAAAUGAAGUUUUUCCUAUAUUGUCAACUCUUGGAGCCUCUUUUGUUUUAAAAAAAAAAAAAAAAAAAAUAAAAAGGCCACAUACCAGCGCCAAACCUCAGGAUUUGCAAUUUGGCAGAAUGAUAUAAACAGCAAAGUGGUUCCAGCACAACAUGCAAAUAUUAAAUAUUUGUAAAAUAUUUGAGCCGAAUUAAAGGGCUUAUCUAGACGAUAAAUCAAAAGUUAGAAAAAAUCCUCAUAAUUUCGCACACAACGUAGGCAACAUAAAAUUAGUCCUGCUUGAAUAGGGUUUGGUCAGCUCUCUGUCUCGCGGAAUGUGAGACACAGUUUGUCCGCUAAGGGGAGUGUUGCCUUGGAGAGGGAGGGUGGGUGCGUUCCCGCAGCAACAGGGAAGAUGGCAGCUCUCACAUCUCUCACCCAGUUGUCAAGUGGGAACCCUGUGUAUGAGAACUUUUACAGACAGGUGGACCCUGGGAAUACAGGGAGAGUGGGACCAACAGAAGCUGCCUUGUUCUUAAAAAAGUCUGGACUCCCUGACAUUACUUUGGGAAAGAUCUGGGAUUUGGCCGAUCCCGAUGGAAAAGGCUAUCUGGACAAACAGGGGUUUUAUGUAGCUCUGCGGCUGGUGGCCUGUGCUCAGAGCGGCCAGGAAGUCAGUCUGUCCAGCCUCAACCUCACAGUCCCUCCCCCCAAGUUUAAGGACACCAGCAGUCCAUCUCUAAGCAGCACAGCUUCUGCCUCUGGCGAAUUACACUGGGCUGUCAGGCCCGAGGAGAAGAGUAAAUUUGAUGGGAUCUUUGAGAGUUUGGCUCCAGUCAAUGGCCUGCUGUCAGGGGAGAAGGUAAAACCAGUCCUAAUCAACUCCAAGCUACCUCUGGAUGUCCUUGGGAAGGUUUGGGACCUGAGUGACAUCGAUAAAGAUGGCCAUCUGGACAAAGAUGAGUUUGCAGUCGCUAUGCACCUGGUGUACCGGGCCCUGGAGAAGGAGCCUGUUCCUGCGCUCCUCCCCUCUGCCCUCGUUCCUCCGUCUAAGAGGAAGAAGAGUCUAGGCUCAGUGGCCAGCUCUGCGCCAGGGCUACCUGCAAGCCCUCCACCACCAAAAGACUCACUACGCUCAACACCGUCCCACGGCAGCAUGAACUCACUCAACAGCACUGGUAGCCUGUCACCCAAACACACACUCAAGUCUGGACAGCAUUCAGUGAACUGGGUGGUCUCAGUGUCAGACCGCAGUCGCUAUGACGACAUCUUCCUGAAGACUGAUGCUGAUCUGGACGGUUUUGUCAGUGGACAUGAAGUAAAGGAGAUCUUCAUGCAGUCUGGACUUACUCAGAAUGUCCUCGCCCAUAUAUGGGCUCUGGCAGACACAAGGCAGAUAGGCAAGCUGACCAGGGAGCAAUUUGCCCUCGCCAUGUAUCUCAUCCAGCAGAAAGUCAGCAAGGGAAUCGACCCUCCACAGGCCCUGACUCCUGAAAUGAUUCCCCCGUCAGAGAGAGGCACUCCUGUACCAAGUAUGUCAGGAUAUAUGACCCCAGUGGGAUCAGAGAUGGCUGCUCUGUCAGAGAUGAGACGGGACAGCUCUAGUUCAGUAGGUUCUGGGGAGUUCACUGGCAUCAAGGAGUUGGAUGACAUCAGCCAGGAGAUAGCCCAGUUGCAGAGGGAGAAGUACACUCUGGAGCAGGACAUCAGGGAGACAGAGGAGGCCAUCAGACACAAGAGUGCAGAGGUGCAGGAGAUGCAGAAUGACUUGGACAGAGAGACAGCCAGCCUGCAAGACCUGGAGGCACAGAAACAAGAUGCCCAGGACCGCCUGGAGGAAAUGGACCAGCAGAAACACAAACUAGAGGACAUGCUGAACGAAGUCAGGAUGAAGUGCCAAGAAGAGUCUCAGAUGAUCUCAACCCUCCAGAGUCAGAUCCACUCUCAGGAGUCAGAUUUGCAGAGCCAGGAGGAGGAGCUGAGCCGGGCAAAGGCCGACCUUGGCCGGCUGCAGCAGGAGGAGAACCAGCUGGAGCAGAGCCUUGCUGCUGGCAAGGUCCAACUUGAGACUAUCAUCAAGUCUCUGAAGGCCACACAGGAUGAGAUCAACCAGGCUCGUAGUAAGUUGUCCCAGAUUCAGGACAGCCAACAGGAAGUGUCCAAAAGCAUUGAGCAGUACAACAGCACCUUGAACGGAACCCAUGGAGGCAGUAUGACCAACCUUGCUGAUAUGAGUGAGGGCUUCAAUGACAGAGAGAACGGUGGAUUCCCAGCCAUGGUGAGAGCAGCACAGGAGGAUCCAUUCAAAGUGAAGCCGUCUGUGUUCAACAAUCAGCCUCAGGAGCUUCACACUGACCCCUUCCACUCUGAAGACCCCUUCAAAACAGACCCGUUCAAAGGUGACCCUUUCCUAAAUGACCCUUUUGCAAAGCAGCCAUCAGCAACCACAGAUCCUUUUGGUGGAGACCCGUUUAAAGAGACCGAUCCAUUCAAGGCUUCGUCAGAAGAUUUCUUCAAGAAGACCACAAACAUGGACCCCUUCUCCACACCAGAACCAUUCAGUAAAAGUGCCACAUUACCCUCCAAGCAAACAAGUCACUUUACAAGUAUCGACCCAUUCUCUUCAAGCAACCCAAAACCCAAAGGACCAGACCUGUUUGGCACGUUGGACCCAUUUGGCAGCACUUCAUUCAACAGCAGCAAUAACAGUUCCACUGGAUUUGCAGACUUCAGUCUCAUGUCGAAGCCCAGAGACCCUUUUGAAGGCAGAGCCAGCUGGCUGCCAGACUACCAGAAGGCGGUGUUUGCUGAUGACCCAUUCAACAGGAAGAAUGAUACACCAGCUCUACCACCGAAGAAAAGUGUUCCCCCAAGGCCCAAACCACCUAGUGGUAAGAGUACACCAGUGAGCAUGUCUGGCACAGCUGACCCUUCCAAACCAUGUGACCCCUUCCAGCCAUUUGGCAGUGAUGACAUCGACCCAUUUCAGAGUAAAAAGGGCCUUGGUGACCCGUUCAGUGGCAAAGACCCUUUCGCCCCAUCAUCGGCAUCAAGGCCUGACAAAGUCAAGUUUGGGAAUGAGGCCCAGCAGUUGGAGUGGGCGAAGCGAGAGAGUGAGCGAGCAGAACGCGAGCGGCUGAAGAGGCUCAGACAGCAGGAGCAGGAAGACCUGGAGCUGGCCAUUGCCCUCAGCAAGGCCGAGAUGUCCAACGCAUGACCUGGAACCUGUAACACACACAGAUACACAGACAGCGCGUAGACAGGCUAACAUGCAGACAAACAUGACUGACAUCUAAACAUUCAGACACAAAGCACAUCACUGGACUAUCUCUCAAGCAUUCAUACAAACUCCAGUCCACACACACACAGGACCUGGACUUCCAUUAUUUACAUUCCCCCACACUCUAUGACUUAAAGAAUGGAAUGGAAAGGACUUUGCGGCAAACCUGGCUGCUGACCCUGCAUUUAGAAAACAAGCCAACAAAACUGAGGGCCGAGAACUCAUCACUGCAAAACUCUCCUACUGACAUGAAGAGAUGUAGAACUGUAGAACUGAAGAAUGAAGAAGGAGAGGAGGAGGAAGAGCCAAGAGGGGCCUGAUGGAAAGAAAUAGAAGCACUCUGUAUAUGCACUAUAGUGGCUGGACAGGACUGAGCAUACUCACUGACUGUUGUUGAUAUGGAACACCUCAACAGCUUGAAUUUCAACUUGUUUUUCUUCUUCUUCACUCACAAUGUGGGGAAAUGGUUGUUGCUAUCAGUAGCAACAAGCAGCUGUGAAGAAAAAUAAUACUACAAUUCAAACUAAUUUUUUCCUGGUAUAUAGGGAUGACAUGAAUAUGUCAUUGAGCUACUGAUGGUAUAACUGUCUGUAAGUAUCAAGUGUUGAGUUGUUUUGCUGGUAAGAUAGGAUGAGGCUUUAAAUAAAUAUUUGUUUAUUGAGAGGCAUAUAGAGAAGACUAGAUCUGACACUCCUCAGGAUUGAGAAUUUUUAGUUCACAAUUUUCUCUCAUUCCUCAAUUUUUUUUUUGCUCAGGAAAUUCUGUCAUUUCCCCAAACUCAGUUAAGAAAUGAGUAUGUUGAUAGUUGAUUAUUUAUUUCACUUCUGCUGGAAGAUAAAUGUUUCCUACUGCUUGGAGAUGACUAAACUCUGUAUUUGAUGUACAGAACUGAAAUUA